AUGGCUACAGAAUCCGAUACCCCCAUCGCGGAAAACCACCCAGAUGUUGAGCCUCAUCCUGAAGAGCGAGCCGCCAAGCGAAUUAAGAUUGACGACGCAGCUCCUGCUCAGAAAGAGAAUGGCCAAGAUGCGCCUGAUGCUAAUCACAACGGCAAUCAUGUAGAGACUUCAGAUAACAGUCAAAACCAGCCUGCUUCCGAGGCCCCAAAACGAGCAGCAGAGAAUGGCGAGCCCAACGACCGUGUCAAGGGCCUGGCUCCGAUUAAGAAGGAGUAUCUCAUUGAUAUGUCAGGGAAGCAAGAUGAGAGAUCUACCGCAGUGGAUGAUGAUGCUGCCGAAGGUCGAGGCUCAGAUCCCCGUGACCAGCCCCGUAGAGACGGGGAGGAUUCCAGAUCCCAGGGGAAGAAGGGGAAGAAGAAGGCCAAGGGUCAAAACAUUGAUCGUUCAUUUGGAAGGUUCGAUGAUGCGAUUCCGCUCUGUAACAGCAGGGCUUAUGCUCGAGAGUUCUCGCCAAAGGAAUGUCCGUAUGGUGAAAAGUGCAGAAUGUGCCACGAUCUACGCAAAUAUCUCAGUGAGGGCCGACGCGAAGACGUGGACGCCCUGGGUGGAAAAUGUCCCGCUUUUGAGGCACAUGGCUUUUGCGCUUCCGGCUGGAAAUGCCGCUUUGUCAAGAGCCAUAUGGAAGAAAUCGAGCACGAGGAUGGCAGGAAGGAGCUGGUUUUGAAGGAUAACCGGCCACCCAAAGAGGAAUCCAAGAAGGAGUCUAAUGAAGAAACUCAAGCGGACGAGCCCGCUUCCAAAGACUCUUCGGAGGACAAAGAGGCGGCUUCUAAUGGCCGAGAGAAGGGCGAAGACGAGUUGCGACCUGGAAUCUUCAAUGUAGUGACUAUGGGUCAAAAGAUUGAGCUGAAUCGCAAACGAAUCGACUUCGCCAAGACGGACCAGUACAUUACGUGGCUAAACCACGAAUCCAACAUCAGCCAAGACUUUCAUCAUCGCCGCAAAGACCAGCCAGAACUGGGCCUCGAAGACCUUCGGGCUCGGUAUGUUGACCCGCCGUUCAAGCCGUCCGAGAAGCGCCGCCUUUACUUUGGCGCUGAGACUCCGACUCUCGCCCCUUUGACCACGCAGGGAAACCUCCCGUUCCGACGGCUGUGUGUCGAGCUCGGCUGUCAGGCUACUUACUCAGAGAUGGCCUUGGGAAUGCCGCUGCUCCAAGGUUCCAAGCCCGACUGGACGUUGAUGCGCGCUCACAAGUCGGAGAUUACACCCCCCAAGAUGAAUCCCGGAGCUAUCCCGUUGUUUGACGACUACAACCACUCACGCGAUCUGAAGUUUGGCGCCCAAAUCUCGGGCAGUGCUCACUGGGUUGUCACCAAGGCUGCUGACGUCCUCAACCGUUUCUGCCCUCACCUUCGGCUCAUCGACCUCAACUGCGGCUGCCCCAUCGACAAGGUAUUCAAGUCAGGCGCCGGAUCCGCACUCCUCGAGGCAAGUGGUAAGAUGGAACGCAUGAUCAGAGGCAUGAACGCCGUGUCUGGCGAGAUCCCCAUCACCGCCAAGAUCAGGACUGGUGUUCGCAAGGACCGCCCGACGGCGAGCCAAGUCAUUGGGAAGCUAGCCUUUGGAGCUCGCGAGCACCGCGAACGACUUGGCGCUCCUGGCUGUGCAGCACUCACUCUCCACGGCCGCAGCCGUGAGCAGCGCUAUACCAAGACGGCGGACUGGGUCUACAUUGGAGAAUGCGCAGCCCUCAUCAAGACGUACAAUGAUGAAAAGGCCAAGAUCACCGACACCAUUGCUGAGCCCGAUGAGAGCACCCUGCCCAACGCCAAGGACGGCCGCAUGUACUUCCUCGGCAACGGCGACUGCUACUCUCACGUUGACUACUACGAGCAUAUUGAGAAGGCCCGCGUCGACUCCGUCAUGAUUGGCCGCGGUGCCCUCAUCAAGCCCUGGAUCUUUGAGGAAAUCGAAAAGGGCCAGUACCUGGACAAGUCAUCCACCGAGCGUCUCGGAUACAUUGAGAAGUUUGUCAAGUAUGGUCUCGAGGCCUGGGGCUCGGACGAGCUUGGCAUCGGAUUCACUAGACGCUUCCUCCUUGAGUAUCUCAGCUUCGCGCACCGCUACGUGCCGAUUGGUCUGUUGGAGCACUUGCCUCCGCGAUUGAAUGACCGGCCGCCAGCGUAUAAGGGCAGAGAUGAGAUGGAGACAAUGAUGGCAUCGGACAAUUACAGAGACUGGAUCAAGAUCAGUGAAAUGUUCCUGGGACCUGUUCACCCAGGCUUCCAAUUCCAACCCAAGCACAAGUCCAACUCUUACGAAGCCGAGGGCUAG